CGGUCACUCCCUCACAGCCUGAACUGCCUCCCGCCCAUAGCGCCGGUAUCAGCCCUCUUGCCGCACCGCCUGCGCGCCGCUUCUUCCUCCUUGUUUCCUCCAGGCCGCCGCCUUCCAGGACUCAUCUAGUCAGCGCGGCAGUACCACUGUUCCUAAUCAGCGGCUCUGUGCCUCUCAGCAUCUGCUCAGACGCAAAAUGAAUGGGGCUGAACGACGAUUCAAUACAGAUGAAGUAGAAGACGAAGAAGAGGACGAUGACACGAGAGGUCUUCAAGCGUGGGAGAGAACCUAUGCAGAUGAGAGGUCAUGGGAGUCUCUACAAGAGGAUGAAUCAGGAUUUCUGCGCCCCAUUGACAAUAAAACCAUCUUCCAUGCUCAAUAUCGGCGACGCCUCCGCACUGCAACCAGUGCUUGCAUUCAAAAGGGCCUGAUUCGCUAUCUCUAUAUUGUAAUUGAUUUCUCCCGGGCAGCUACUGAAAUGGACUUUAAACCAAGCAGAAUGGUUGUAGUUGCAAAACAAGUCGAGGCUUUUAUUAGAGAGUUUUUUGAUCAGAAUCCUCUGAGUCAGAUUGGCCUGAUAAUGUUGAAAGAUGGGGUUGCUCAUUGUUUAACAGAUCUUGGAGGCAGCCCGGAGGCCCACAUUAAAGCUUUGAUGGGUAAGUUGGAGUGCUCAGGUGAUGCUUCCCUUCAGAAUGGAUUAGAACGCGUGCAUGAACUUUUAAGUCAAAUUCCAUCAUAUGGUCAUCGUGAAGUUCUAAUUUUGUAUUCCGCUCUAAAUACUUGCGACCCUGGGGAUAUAAUGGAAACAAUUCAGAAAUGCAAGAAAUCCAAGAUACGAUGCUCUGUCAUUGGCCUCUCUGCAGAAGUCUAUAUAUGCAAGCAUCUUUGCCAAGAAACUGGUGGCAUGUAUUAUGUUGCAUUGGAUGAGGCUCACAUAAAAGAGUUAGUCCUGGAGCAUGCUCCCCCACCUCCGGCAAUAGCAGAAUUUGCAGUUGCGAAUUUGAUCAAGAUGGGGUUUCCCCAAAGAGCUGCAGAAGGUGCGAUUUCCAUCUGUUCUUGCCACAAGGAGACUAAAGUUGGCGGAGGCUACACUUGUCCAAGAUGCAAAUCACGUGUCUGUGAACUGCCAACUGAAUGUUGUAUUUGUGGCCUGACCCUGGUUUCUUCCCCACAUUUGGCAAGGUCAUACCAUCACCUAUUUCCAAUCACUCCAUUUGAGGAUGUAUCACCAUAUAUUCGAAACAAUUUGCAAAUUACGCAAAAAAAAUGUUUUGGUUGCCAGCAAAGUCUCCUAAACCCUGGCAACAUACCUGGCCCAUGUGUUGCUUGUCCAAAAUGCAAAAAACUCUUCUGCCUAGAUUGUGACAUCUACGUCCAUGAGAGCUUGCACAACUGUCCAGGCUGUGAGAGCUUCAGGAUUUCUCCGCCAGUCAGCAACAAUAUGCAAGAAUAACAAACAUGUAUCAAAGCUACUUCUUAAUCAAAUUUGAUUCUUGUUCCUCAAGAUGAAUGAGAUCAUGAGACUGACCAUGAUGAACUGGGGGAGGAAUGAACGUUCUAUAAAGCGGCCACUGCAGUACGAAGUCUUGCAUCAAGUCAAUAUACUUGGUGAAGACCUAUUAAAUCAUCGUUGUACGUCUUUGCAGAGCCUUUCCUUAAAAACUUGUUCAUCUCGUUUCUCAUUUUUGCGGAGUUCAGUAUCAAUUCCAUGAGUGGAUGAUGACUUGCUGAAUUCUUGAUAUGCACCCAGGUGUACACUAAAAAAGGAAUUCAUACACGACGUAAAAAAUGUAGUGACAGAUUCUCCGCAUAAGUUAGGCUCUGGUUU